AUGACAUACCCUAUUCUGAAUUUCACUCUCAAGCCAAUUACUGUGAAGGCGCAGCCAAUCACUUUACAGACUUUCUUGCCAUAUGGCACAUUAGUGGAGUCGCCUCUUCCAAAUAAACUUGUUGCAGCGCCUGUCAAUCCUCCCCACUUGCAGCCAAUAUCGGCGGAACCGACAUUGGUAAAUCAAGGAUACGCCAUAAAGUACAGCCCCAUCUCUCCUGUUCAGAAUUCUUAUGAGAGUCGUCGCUCGGAUAGACAAGCUGCAUCACCCUGCAUGAGUCUCUUCUGCUGUUUUCCUCGGAAAUUACGCAUUUCCAACCUCUCUCCGGCGACGUUCUUCUUUGAUGUGGGUAUUUUGGAAAGACAUCCUUUCUCCUCGCAGACUUUCAUCCCACUUUCUGCCGGGUUUGGCCGCAGUGGCAAGGAGUGUGCAAACGAUCAUCUUUCCUCGGGAACUCCGCAAAACAUUAGUACUUUAUACCUAGUCAUUGUGGCUCCUAGCCUAGGUGGCCAAACAGCUGCAGCUACGCUUAAAGUUGAUGGGCAUGUAAAAUCAGUUGUGGUACAGGAGCCGCCGGAUAUGUCUAACCUAUGUGCUUUCAUUGUGCACCCAGACCAAGCAGUGACCUAUAGUGCGGGGACAUGGCAUUCUCCAAUGGUGGUCUUGGGAGACAGCAAAAUUGAUUUCGUUGUGUUCCAAUUUCUCAACGGAGUUGCAGAGGAGGACUGCCAGACUGUUGCGUUUGAUGAAGCUGUAACUGUUCGUGUGGAAAGUCGCCAAUUGGGCCAGGGAACACUGGCAAAACUUUGA